AUGCGCACUUUGUCUUCUCGUUUUACUUCUGGAAGCAAGGAUCAAGUAAAAGAAGAUUUAGUCCUGUCUUCUGAACACUUCGAUAAUAUUGCACCCGAUCUUCGGAAUAAACAGACUUUUCUCAGUGUUGUCAAUAGUUUUUGUAAGAAAAAAGGACAUGCUCGAGGCCAUGUAGAAUUUAUAAAUUCGGCACUAAAAUAUAUGAAAGAGUAUGGGUUACAAAAGGAUCUUGAUAUUUACAAAGCUUUGCUCGGAGUUUUGCCAAAGGGUCCAAUGAUACCUCAAAACGUAUUUCAAAAAAGAAUUUUAUACUAUCCUCAACAGCAGAUUUGUUGUGUGAAUCUCCUCGAUGAAAUGGAAUGGUUUGGUGAAUGUUUUUUUCCAAGAGUACAGCCGGACAAGGAAAUGCAUGAUUUGGUUGUUAAUAUCUUUGGCGAGUGGAAUUAUGCUUCAAAGAAAAUGAAGCGAAUGAUGUAUUGGAUGCCAAAAUUGAAAUAUUCAAAUACUUAUUUAGAUCGUAGGAAAGUUGAAGAACACAAUCUGGGAAACAUAGAAUUUAGCUAUCUAGCAUUGAAAAUGAUAUCACGUGAUCCAGGCACUCGAAUAACUCUUGUCAAGACAAAUGAUGCAGAAUUAGAUGAAUCAGAUAGGUGGCUCUUAUCGGCGCAAAGUCCACUUCAGAUGAAAUUAUUACAUAAUUGGAAUAAAAGUAAUACUUUAUAUGUAGAUGGUCCUAAUAAAGUGUAUUUAAUGAAUCACUGCCUUGAUUACGUUGGUCUCUUUGCUGAUUCGAAGUCUCGUUAUUAUGAAAAGUAUGAAGAAAAGUAUCUGGACGAAGAUUUUGAAAACUGGAAAAGCGAAUGGGACAGAGGUGCAAAAAAAUGCCCAAAAUGCAGUAUUCACGAACAACAGCAUGAGACAGUUCUGGGGCUCUCUGUAUUUGGUAAGGUCUGCAGAGAAACUGCCGCAUCGUGGAUCAAUCACUUGCAGAAAACAAAUCCAUCUUUGUGUGAUGCUUGCAUCUUAUUCCGAACAAAGGAAGCAAAUGGGAUAUCAGUAACACAAUUGUCAUAG